AUGCCUGUGGUUGAUCCCAAUCACCAACGAAGUCAAGCUGCGAGUCUACCUAUUCGCAAUUCGCCCUAUUAUUACGUGGGGAUCGGAGACUUGUUCAGCAUAUCUACGGUGAUGGAGAGGCUUGAUUGCACGGAACGAAAGCCGCUUAGACGGCUACUUGGCUACUUUUGGCCUAGGGAAUCAAAGUUUACAAAUAUUGCGAAGAUACGCCAACAGGAUACAAUACCAGCGAUCAAUAUCCCAAAAAGGAAGUUCGCACAAAAUCCAAUGGAAAGCCCAACAGAUUUUGACUCUGACCUGUACGAUCGAGUGAAUUAUUUGAACCUUAUGAAUCAAGUCAAGGAUCGUGACAGCACCAGGAAGUGUAGCAGGCGAGCUCUUGACGAUUCUGAAGCACCAUCGCCACGCCCGACUGACCAAACUGGAAUGAUCCCACCGGCUCCUCCUGACCCUCAUAUCAAAUACUUAUGGAACGAAAGUGUGGACAUUAAUGAUAUGGCUGGAAUGGAGCAAAACGACAUGCUCCAACUGCGUAUUAUGCUUGGGAUUGAGCGGAUUUCUACCGAAACUUUGUCCCGCUACAACGUCAGAGGUCACGUGGAUGGCUACGACCAACCUGCCAUUUUAUAUCCCAGAUAUCGUGGUUUAGCUUCUCGUAUUCGCAUUCCAGCGGGAUUGAAAGUUAUACGAAAGGUGGGAGACCGCAUGGAAAAGGAAAACUACCCUAUUUCAAACGAGACAUUCCAAAAUAGAGAUAUCAGCGAAUCGACAUUUUUUGGACAAGGGAAAGGUGGAUUUUUUAAAAUGAUCUCCCAAAGACGUCCACAUCUCGGGAAGCAACGAACACUUGAAGAAGUUGAAGCAGCAGAACCUGCACAUUCCACACAAUCAUAG